UAUUUUUAUAAAUUGUAUUUUUUUUUUGUUGUGUAAUUAUUAUAGUAAUAUUAGUUUUGGGCAUAAAUAUAAAUUCCCUUUUCAAAAUUGGGUAUUAUUCUACUUGACUAGAAAGAAACAUCCCAAUAAAAUAAAAUAAACACCUUUCAGAAAAAAAAAAAAAAAAAACAAACAAACAAAUAGAAGCGCUCAAAACCCUCAAAAACUAAAGGGUUUUAAGGAGGUUUUAACAAAAAACAGUCAUCAUGGGCGCUAUAUUCUCUUCAACCGAUUCUGAAGACUUAGUUCCAGACUCACCGAUCGCCACCGAUUCUCCCAAGCCCAAUUCAUCAUCAAGCCCUAGAAUGACCUCUUCUUCCGAUCCUGAGACCCAAACCAUCCCAGAAUCCAAAAAUUUCUCAACUGAAACAAAACCCACUCAAGAGUCAGAUCAAGAAACAAAACCCUCUGACCAAAAUCAACAAGCAGAUCAAGAAGAUAAUGAAGAGGGAGAGUGUGGUUUUUGUUUGUUCAUGAAAGGAGGUGGGUGCAAAGAUGUUUUUAUUGAUUGGGAGAAUUGUGUUAAAGAGGCUGAUCUUAAAGAGGAGAAUGUCGUUAACAAGUGUUUUGAGGCUACUUCUGCUUUGAGGAAGUGUAUGCAGGCUCAUGCUGAUUACUACGACCCAAUUCUGAAGGCUGAGAAAGCUGCAGAAGAGGAGGUCAUGAAGCAAUUAGAGGAGGAAAAGGCAUCAGAAUCAAAUUUAGUCACAGAGAAGAAGACCGUAAAUUCCAGUGAUUCAAAUAGUGGUACAUAAUUUUUGUUAGGUGAUCGUUAAUCACGCCAUUUAUGCUAAUUGAAGCCGCUGAUUAUUUCAGUAGAGCGAAUUAGGAUGUUAAAGAUUUCAUUCUUUUUAUGGGUUAUGUAGGGGUUAAUAUGAGAAGAUGACUAAUGAAUGAUUAAUUUCAAUUGAGUGUAUGUUUAACCAAUCCUUUCGGUUCUAUGUGAUAUGUUUUUAUCUUAUCA